AUGGCUUCCACCGACCAAGUUCAGACUUCCCCGCCGUCCAUCUUCCGACCUAGAAUCCGCGAUGGCAUGAUCGUCGUGCGCCGACCUGCGAACAGAAACGACGCGGCCAUUUUUUGGACUGGCACCUACUUCAUCCCCCCCAAUGGGACCAAUGGGGCCAUCUUCAUGGACUUCCCUGCGUUCCUUGCUGACCUAGAAGCCCACUUUCAGUACGAUCCGUAUCUUGAUGAGAUCCACUACCAGAUACCUUCUCUCUCCGAACGCCUUGCUUUGGACGCUGCCCAGAUCGGCCCGAAUGAUAUCCAAAGCCUCCAGCCUGAGAUAGGUAUUGUUCGUACCUACAGUCAGUGGGUCGCAGCUUUGGGGGCUAUGCAAGCAUCCCACCUGAUGCGGCGAUCGAGCAUUGAAUACGUGCUCCGGAGUGGGAUGGUCACUAGCUCUGUUCGCCACAGAGUUCAACCUGUGGCUGCGGCACAAUUUUGUAUUGAAGACCUGCAGCAGUUCUACAUCGGCAAGGAUAUCAGUGAUGUACCCAAACCAGCCGCCGUCCUCGACGUAGCAAUCAUCCGACGACACUGCGAGACAAUGCUGCGCACAAUCAAAACGCUUGGUGUCGGAUUCAGAGUUCAUGUUAAAUCUCACAAGACACCCGAAAUCGCCAAGCUCCAAGUCGGCGACAGCACUGAGGCCAAUUUCAUAGCCUCUACCGUCAUGGAGAUCGAGAUGAUGAUCCCACUGCUUCAGAAUCUGAAACAAAAAGGCCGCAAAAUUAACAUUCUCUACGGCAUCCCCCUCGUCCCAUCACAGGUUCCACUCCUAGCCAAGGCAGCCCGCGAGCUAGGCGAGAACAGCAUCACUGUGAUGAUCGACCACCCAGAUCAACUCCCAUACCUGGAGAAACUAUCUUCUCUAGCAGGACAUCCAACCUGUGUCUUUGUCAAGGUUGACACGGGCUACCACCGCGCCGGCUUGCCGCCCGUAUCCCUCAACAAGAACGGCCUACUCGAGAAACUUGCCUCCGCAGAGGAAAUAGGCGGGGCAAGACUCCUCGGGUUGUACUCACACAGCAGUCUGAGUUAUAGUGGGACAACCCCCGAGCAAGCGAUGGGUCAUUUGAUCAGUGAGAUCCGCGGAUGCAAAGAUGCCUUGGAGACAAAUUUGCAUCUACUGCCCAAAAGGGAACUGAUCAUCAGCGUCGGUGCCACGCCGCAGGUAGUUUCGUCCCAGAAUUUGCUGCGUGAUGACUCUCCCUACGCGGAAGCGCGGGAGCUCAAGGCUUUGCUUCGCGAGACAAAUGUCGAGCUACAUGCUGGCGUCUAUCCCAUCCUGGACAUGCAACAAUUUUCCACAAAUGCUAGCGCUGAUGCUGGAUUUUUGGAGGAUGAAAUUGCUAUCGCGGUGCUUACCGAAGUGUGCAGCGUGUAUAACGAUGGCGAGCGAGAAAAGCCCGAGGCACUCCUGGCUGCAGGGACGCUCGCACUGGGUCGAGAGCCGUGUCCGAGUUACUCGGGCUGGGGGGUUGUUUCUUCUUGGCAACUGGAUGGGGUGACUAAAGCUUCAUCGGAGAGAUUAGUUGUUAAGAGGAUCAGUCAGGAGCAUGCGAUUGUGACUUGGGAGAGUGAGUCCCAGGCAAAGAUUCCCCUGCGAAUUGGACAAGUGGUUAAAGUGCACCCAAAUCAUGCUUGUGUCACUGGUGCCUUUUAUGGGUGGUAUUUUGUUGUUGAUUCGGAUCAAGACACUGAGACCUCUCGGAUUGUGGAUGUUUGGGUUCGGGCGAGGGGAUGCGUUGAGAGAGUGCAGAGCAUCAUGCGGUAUUCUCUAUGGGCCUAUUCUCUUGUGCUGGCCUCGGCUGCCGCCACAACUACUUCACUGAGUGACAUCUGUACCACCGCAUAUGCGAAGAAGGCGUUGCCGAUAGAUGCUAUUCAGGGAGUUACCGUUGAUCCCUCCUCGAUUUCCACUAGUCUUGUCACCAAUUUCACCGCCAGCAGUAUCUUCUACCCUACCUCCACCUUCGAUUACUGCAAUGUGACUUUUGCCUACUCUCAUGACGGCAUUGACGGGGAUAUUGUUCAUGUGCAAUACUGGCUCCCAGCUCCAGGGAAGUUUAAGAACAGAUAUGUUUCCACAGGUGGAGGUGGUUGGGCUAUCAAUUCAGGAUCCUCAUCGAUCCCUACUGGUGUCAUCGUUGGCGGCGUUGGUGGUUUAACCGAUGGAGGAUUUGGAAGCUUCACCACCGAAUUUAGUUCUGUUGCUCUCUUGGAAAAUGGAACUAUCAAUUGGCAAGCAACGUAUAUGUUUGGCUACCAAGCUCAGCAUGAGCUCGCUAUUUUAGGCAAACAGUUGACAAGAAAUAUUUACAAUGUACCGUCCAACGAAAAGAUUUACUCCUACUAUCAGGGUUGUUCUGAAGGAGGUCGUGGGGGAUGGAGCCAGGUUCAACGGUUCCCCGAUCAGUUCGACGGCGUAGUUGCCGGUGCACCAGCCUUCCGGUGGGCACAACAGCAAACCAACCAUUUGACCGGCAACGUCAUCCAGAAAAACCUCAACUACUACUCGCCCAGCUGUGAGCUCGAGAAGAUUAUGAACAUGACCGUCGCAAGCUGCGAUCCCUUGGAUGGCAAGACUGACGGUAUUGUAUCACGCUCCGAUAUGUGUUUGAAGCAUCUAAACUGGGAUUCCAUCCUGGGUGCUUCUUACUCGUGCCCUGCCGUCAGUGGCUCUGCCUUCGCGGGUGCCACACCUGCACAGACAGGAAAGGUAUCUGCCAAAGCCAUCGAAGUCAUCAAGGCGUUCUGGGAGGGUCUUCACGAUUCUGACGGCAAACGGGUCUACUUCAGCUACCAGCCUGGAUCAACUUUUGAUGAUCUUCAAGGCACAUAUGAUUCAUCUACCGACAGCUGGAAGCUUGACAUCAGCGGGCUCGGUGGCAUGUGGAUUGGCUUGUUCAUUGAUCUUUUGCAGGAGACCAACAUUCCCACUUUGGAUGGCGUGACCUAUGAUACUCUCAAAGAAUGGAUGAUACUCUCUCAAAAGAAGUACGGAGACAUCUUCCAGACAACAUACCCAGACUUGUCGGACUUCCAAGCCGCCGGUGGAAAAGUUAUCCAUGUCCACGGAGAGCAAGAUUAUUCAAUCCCCACCGCUUCUUCAGUCCGUUACUGGAACUCGGUCAGGGAGGUCAUGUUCCCCAACAAGUCAUACACUGCAGGUGCAGCUGCUCUCGAUGACUUUUAUCGUCUGUUCCUCAUUCCCGGUGUGGGGCACUGUGGCACUAACGAGUACCAACCUGGUGCCCCAUGGCCACAGACAACUCUGCAGACUCUCAUCGAGUGGGUUGAGAAUGGCAAGGCGCCGGCGACACUUGCUGGGUCUGGUGAUAUUGAAACUAUGUGUCGCUGGCCUCUUCGCCCACUUUGGACAUCGAACGGUAAGAAGUUCCAAUGUGUUCAUGACCAGGAAUCGAUUGAUAGCUUUAGUUAUGAUUUGGAUGCAUACAAGCUCCCUGUGUACUAA